UCUCCCAGAGAUUGGCCAUGCCUGGGAGAAGGAGCUCCCCUCCCCGCUGGGGAGGCCACCUGGGGUGCCUUCCUUCGGCCCCAGCCUGCCGGAUCUGGGAGUCCCAGUCCUGCCCAGUCUGGGAACCGACCCGGCGGUCGCCACUGCUAUGCCGUGACAUGGCCUUACAGAACGCCCUGUACACUGGAGACCUGGCGAGGCUGCAGGAGCUGUUUCCCCCACACAGCACAGCCGACCUGCUGCUGGAGUCCCGGGCCGCCGAGCCUCGCUGGAGCAGCCACCAGAGGGAUUCCGGCACUGGCCUGGCCCCGGAUUCCGUCUUUGAUACCAGCGACCCGGAGCGAUGGAGGGAUUUCCGCUACAACAUCCGCGCUCUGAGACUCUGGUCUCUGACAUACGAAGAGGAGCUGACCACACCCCUGCACGUGGCUGCCAGCCGGGGCCACACAGAAGUCCUGCGGCUGCUGCUGAGGCGGCGGGCACGGCCUGACAGUGCCCCCGGGGGCCGCACCGCCCUGCACGAAGCCUGUGCUGCAGGCCACGCCGCCUGCGUCCAUGUGCUGCUGGUGGCAGGAGCGGACCCCAACAUCCCCGACCAGGAUGGAAAGCUCCCCCUGCACCUCUGCCAGGGGGCCGGCACCCUUGAGUGUGCCGAACUGCUCCUGAGGUUUGGGGCCAAAGUGGAUGGUCGGUCUGAGGAGGAGGAAGAGACCCCUUUGCAUGUGGCCGCCCGGCUGGGCCACGUGGAGCUGGCAGACCUGCUUCUGAGACGGGGGGCAUGCCCUAACGCCCGUAAUGCCGAAGGCUGGACCCCGCUGCUGGCUGCCUGCGACGUCCGCUGCGCGUCCCCCGCCAACGCGGAGGCCACCACCGCCCGCUGCCUCCAGCUGUGCCGUCUGCUGCUCUCAGCUGGAGCCGAGGCUGAUGCUGCGGACCAGGACAAGCAACGGCCUCUGCACCUGGCCUGUCGCCGUGGCCACGCCGCCGUCGUGGAGCUGCUGCUUUCCUGCGGCGUCAGCGCCAACGCCAUGGACUAUGGGGGACACACGGCCCUGCACUGUGCUCUGCAGGGCCCAGCUGCAGCCCUGGCCCAGAGCCCAGAGCACACGGUGCGAGCUCUGCUCAACCACGGUGCCGUCCGCGUCUGGCCGGGGGCCCUCCCCAAGGUGCUGGAGCGCUGGUGUGAGUCUCCGAGGACCAUUGAGGUCCUGAUGAACACCUACAGUACCAUGCAGCUUCCCGAGGAGGCCAUGGGCCUGGUGCCUCUCGAAACACUGCAGAAGCACCACGGUUUCUAUUCCUCCCUUUUCGCCUUGGCAAGACAGCCCAGAUCCCUGCAGCAUCUCAGCCGCUGUGCGCUCCGUGCUCACCUGGCAGCCCACCUGCCCCACGCCCUGCCCCGCCUUCCCCUGCCAUCCCGCCUGCUCCGCUACCUGCAGCUGGAUUUUGAGGACGUGCUCUACUAGAUGCCCCCUGACUUUGGGGAGACCUGAAAGCAGAUACCCCAGGGGGGGUCUGGUGCUCACAGCACCCCCAACCCAGGACUGAGUUGAACUGAUUUAGGCCCGAGGUGACUGUGUCAGCAGGACGACCAACUUCCCAGGCGGAUGUUGGUGCUGCCAUUCUCACCAGGGAGAGACGCAGACAGAGCACGCCGCCAGGUGAUGUCUAACGGAGAGACAGCUGGGACUCAUGGCAAGGGAUGCACUCCUGUCGGUGGUCUCCUGAGGCACCCCUCCAGCCUACCCCGAUCCUGGUGUGAACAUUAAAAAUCUGCUCGCCUGCGUUGUUUGGUGCUGUGUCCAGCAGGCCUUCCUCUGAGCUGGUCACUCAGGGGACUCAGGUUGGGCAGACUUAUGCCCCGCCAUCUGCCCCGUGGUGCCAGCUGUGUCCUCGUCCUCCUCUGGCAUCUACCAGCUGUUGAGCAGUCCAGGCAGACUUGCCCAGUGGCUCAUGAUGUGACACAAGGGCCACCAGGUGAGACCACGUCCGGACAACCAGCCAGAGGAGGGGUGAGCACACAGGCUUCGGUAGAGAAGAGCUGCUGCAGGGAUGAGGCAGUGCGGACGGCGGGACAGGAUGGGAAAGGCGGCCUCGGGGCAGGGCGCUGAGGUGAAGAACAAGGCGGCCCGCGAAAAGGGUGCAGGUGUCAGCCAUCAGGGAGGGUCACCGUGGCUCAGGGAGAGCGGAAGAUUCAGGUUUGGCAUAAACAACGCUCGCUACUGCCUGUCGUCUAGGUCAGGGAGCGGCCGACGCACACCUGGUCCUGCCUCUCUCGGAUUUAGCUUUGGGGCGGCAGGAGCUGAGCUGAGGGUUCACGUGCCGGGGGUCCCAGUCUCAGCUCGGCCAGUCGGUAGUGGCACUUAGAUUUCUUCCCCUCUCUGGCUCAAGUCGCUCACAUCUGUAAGACAGGAAAGGGGAGAGUCCCUGAGGGCCUUUGCAGCGCCAGGAUUUUAAGACCUCGCAAGUGGCCCGCACGCAGGAGUCAGAAGGAAGGUGGAGUUGAGGGGGACGCAGAGCAGCCAAUCAAGUGCACUGUGAUCCGUGACGUCACGGGUCGCCGGACAGGUUUCCCAGGGCCCCAGAGGGCGCACGCGCAGGUGUUCACGCCUUUCCCGCCAACUUCGGGACGGACAGAGUCUGCGGUGGGCGGGGUCUGAAGGACGCAGGCGGCAGGGGCGGGGCCGGCG